CCUGCGCAAACGUGGCCGGGGCGCCGGGGUGGUGGGUUACGCCUGGAGAGCGCAUGGGCAGACAAACUGUACGUCCGUUUGUCCGGAGCGGAGGGGAGAGUGGGCGCCAUCUUCUUCUAGGCUCACUGAGGGCUCCACCUGUACUGGGCAGGCUGCUGCGACGAGGAGUGUCCCCCGACUCCGGCCUUGUGUGUCCGACUCGGCAGCAGUGAUGUCUACUUGGAAUUUGUACUUCGUUUUUGCUGAAGGAUGAUUAAUUUCCUCUGGAACAAAGAAGACCAUUUUGUAAUGCCCAUAGUUGUGGUUCCUAUUACUGCUUCACUUUUAAUAGUUAAGUUGCUUUUACAGAAUUAACAGGUCUCCAAGAAAUUUUAAAAAGGUCAUUAUUGCUGUGGUUUGAGCUCAGCAUGGCUGUAGUCAUCCGUUUACUGGGGCUUCCUUUUAUUGCGGGGCCUGUGGAUAUUCGUCACUUCUUCACGGGAUUGACUAUUCCUGAUGGAGGAGUGCAUAUAAUUGGAGGGGAAAUUGGGGAGGCUUUUAUUAUUUUUGCAACAGAUGAAGAUGCAAGACGUGCCAUAAGUCGUUCAGGAGGGUUUAUCAAGGAUUCAUCUGUAGAGCUCUUUCUUAGUAGUAAGGCAGAAAUGCAGAAGACUAUAGAAAUGAAAAGAACUGAUCGCAUAGGAAGAGAGCGACCAGGAUCUGGGGCGUCAGGGGCUGGCAGCUUGUCUAACUUUGUUGAGGCUAUUAAAGAAGAAGCAAGUAAUUCUGGAUAUGGCUCUCCAAUUAAUCAAGAUGCUGGGUUUCAUACUAAUGGUACAGGACAUGGUGAUUUAAGGCCAAGAAAGACACGGCCAUUGAAGGCAGAGAAUCCUUACUUGUUUCUGCGAGGUUUGCCUUACUUAGUAAAUGAAGAUGAUGUACGUGUCUUUUUCUCUGGUUUGUGUGUGGAUGGCGUGAUUUUCUUGAAACAUCAUGAUGGCCGAAAUAAUGGUGAUGCCAUAGUAAAAUUUGCUUCAUGUAUUGAUGCUUCAGGAGGUCUUAAAUGUCAUAGAAGUUUUAUGGGUUCAAGAUUCAUAGAAGUAAUGCAAGGCUCAGAACAACAGUGGAUUGAGUUUGGUGGUAAUGUAAUUAAGGAGGUUGACAUUCCUGUGAGAACUGAAGAACAUUCUCCACCAAGAGGAAUUAAUGAUCGACAUUUUCGAAAACGAUCUCAUUCAAAAUCUCCCAGAAGAACACGUUCUCGUUCUCCUCUUGGAUUUUAUGUUCACUUAAAAAAUCUGUCCCUAAGUAUUAACAAGAGAGAUUUAAGAAAUUUCUUUAGAGAUACUGAUCUGACUAAUGAACAGAUUAGGUUUUUAUAUAAAGAUGAAAGAAGAACAAGAUACGCCUUUGUGAUGUUCAAAACUCUGAAAGACUAUAACACCGCUCUGGCUUUACACAAGACUGUUUUACAGUAUCGUCCUGUUCAUAUUGAUCCUGUUUCUAGAAAACAAAUGCUGAAGUUCAUCGAAUGUUAUGAAAAGAAAAGACCAGUGUCAAUAGAGAAAGAAAGGCUUGGACAUAUUUCACAAAAAUACCCUCAAGAAGGCUACCCUGGCCAGAAACUGUGUAUAUAUAUAAGAAAUUUUCCUUUUGAUGUUACAAAAGUGGAAGUGCAAAAGUUCUUUGCAGACUUUUCUCUUGGAGAAGAGGACAUUUACUUACUUUAUGACGACAAAGGAGUUGGUCUGGGAGAAGCAUUGGUGAAAUUCAAAACAGAAGAACAGGCCACGAAAGCUGAACGUUUAAACCGGCGGAGAUUCUUGGGGACAGAGGUAUUGUUAAGACUUAUAUCUGAGGCACAAAUGCAGGAGUUUGGUGUAAAUUUUUCCUUGAUGCCCACUGAGAGAAUGCAAGACCAUUCACAGUCAUGUGAUAGAGAUGACCACUCCCAUUCAUUUGACUCCAGUGAUCUACCAAUAUACUCAGUUGGCCCAUCUGAAAACUUUAGGCAUCAGCAAGAGGACUUGAGGCAACUGGACAAUUUCAGGCAAACCCAGGCGGAUUUCCGACAGCUUGAUAGGAGCCUUCCAGAAGACUUUAGGCAUUCCCCAGAGGACUUCAGGCACUCCCCAGAGGACUUUAGGCGCCCUCGGGAGGAACACUUAAGGCGGCCUCUUGAGGAUUUCAGGCACCCUUGGGAGGAGGAUUUUAGGUACCCUCGGGAGGAGGACUUCAGGUACCCAAGAGAGGAGGACUGGAGGCGGCCACCUGAGGAGGAUUUCAGACGGCCUCCCAAGGAGGACUUCAGGCGACCCCCUGAGGAGGACUGGAGACGGCCCCCCGAGGAGGACUGGAGGAGGCCCCUGGAGGGAGACUUUAGGCGGCCACCUGAGGAGGAUUGGAGGCGGCCUCCGGAGGAGGACUUCAGGCGGCUUCCUCAAGGGGAAUGGAGACGACCACCUGAGGAGGACUUCAGACGACCACCCGAGGAGGACUUCAGGCAGCCCCCUGAGGAGGAUUUCAGGCGCCUUCCAGGGGAAGACUUCAGGCGACCUCCCGAAGAGGAUUUCAGGCGUUCUCCGGAGGAGGAUUUCAGGCGUUCUCCCGAGGAGGAUUUCAGGCGACCGCCCCCUGAACACUUCAGACGGCCGCCCCCGGAGCACCUAAGGCGGCCGCCCCCGGAGCAUUUCAGGCGGCCGCCGCCGGAGCACUUCCGCCGGCCACCUCAGGAGCACUUCCGCCGGCCGCCCCAGGAGCACUUCCGCCGGCCACCCCAGGAGCACUUCCGCCGGCCACCCCAGGAACAUUUCAGGCGCCCCCGAGAGGAAGAUUUCAGGCACCCACCGGAUGAAGAUUUCGGAGGCCCUCCUGAUGAAGACUUUAGGCAUCCUCCUGAGGAGGACUUCAGGAGCCCCCAGGAGGAAGAUUUUAGAUGCCCUUCUGAUGAGGACUUCAGGCGGCUCCCGGAGGAAGACCUCAGGGAACCUCCAGAGGAGGACCCUAGACUUCCUGACAGUUUUAGACCUCCUGGUGAGGAGUUUAGGAACCCACCUGAUGACUUUAGAAGUCAUCGCCCUUUAGUGAAUUUUGGUCGCCCGGAAGGUGGCAAGUUUGAUUUUGGAAAGCGCAGUAUGGGAAGUUUUCCUGAGGGGAGAUUUAUGCCUGAUCCAAAAUUAAAUUGUUCAGGUAGAUUAACACCUAUCAAGAUAAUGAAUCUUCCAUUUAAAGCUAAUGUUAAUGAAAUUCUAGACUUUUUCCAUGGUUAUAGAAUCAUACCUGAUUCAGUUUCGAUACAGUAUAAUGAGCAAGGAUUACCUACAGGGGAAGCCAUUGUUGCUAUGAUAAACUAUAAUGAAGCUAUGGCUGCUAUUAAAGAUCUAAAUGAUAGGCCAGUUGGCCCUCGCAAAGUUAAGUUAAUUUUGCUCUAGAGAGCAUUUCUAAAUUCAGAGUUACUUCCCCACAGUAUUGAUGCAGUAAAAUGCAUUCUUUUUUUUAAGUGUUUAUUUUUAAUGAUCUAAUGAAAAGAAACAUUUUAAUUUGACUUUUGAGUAGAACAAAUGUAAAUAUUAGAAUGUGAAUCUGGUUUUCUUUUGCUUGCAAACUGCCACUCUUUCUCAUUUACAAUUAUAUAUGGCUUUUUUUUUUUUUUGGACAGUGGGGGAGAAAAUUACAAGUGCAUUAAUUUUUGUUGAUGUCAUGGGUAAACCUCAAAACUUGUAUAGUAGAGCUGUAUUUGGGGAAGAUAAAUUUUAUAUUCGCUUUUCGUUUCCCGUCUGUAGUCUACAUCUUAUACUGUAUAAGGAAAUGGUCAGUGACUGAUUGUUCAGGUUUAGCAUUUUUAUUGCUAAUUUGCCUGCAGAAUUAAUGCCCUCUUUGUCCAAGAUAUUACCGUGUUAGCCUCCCAUUAAUUAUAAAUAGUUGAAAAUAGACAGACUGUGAAUUUGAAGUUUACUUAUGUAAAAAGCUUAGGAGAUUCUUGAAGUUUCCAUGUUCAUAACUUUGCAAAGUUUUAUAAAAAUAAAAAAUUGCAAAUGUAUAGACCA